UCUCUCUCUAGCACACCCUCACAUCUACAUUUACUCCUACACAAGCCCACCGUUCGGGGACGCCAUGACUGAACACGAAGCCCAAGCCGUUCCCUUGACCGACGAUGUACCGGAUCCGGCCACACCAAGGCAGCGGCGCAUCCGCAAGAUCACCACCCUCGGCCCUUGUUGUGGAUCUAGCCCGCGAACACAUUGAAAGCAUCUUCACCACCGUGAUGAAAACCAGCCGCGAACACAUUGAAAGCAUCUUCACAGCCUAUGUUGUGCACAACUGGAUCGACAAGAUUUGGCUCGCCUCUCUGUGCGUGCCCGUCGCUCAGGCGCUGCUUGUCCACUACAAGCGGUGGAGUGCGUCAUCUGACUACGUACAUAUCAAGUCCAAGGACGACCAGGCCCUCGUCUCUGCCACGAUCAAGACUGUCCGCACUUACAAUCUGGAACAAGCGCGCCAAUUGCUUUCAUGCGCCAUCCUUUUCGCUGGCUAUCAGCUCACCUUAUUUGUCCUUCCAACGCUCUUGAAAGUGGUCUUGUCCGAGAGCUGGGACGAUGACAAAGUGUGGGGGUCAACGCGCUACGCCCGUCCCGUCUGGCGCCCGAAGGUCGUCCCUCUCUCCGCGAGGUAG